UGGAUUCAGUGGAUCACUCCAGGAAGAUUCUAGCUUCACGGUAGCUUCACUGUCUCUGAAAUUCCUCUUUCAGCUUAUCUCUGAAGCCAUCCAUCAGUCAGCAUGUCUAUGUACGCACGUAGCUCCUACUCCACCGGCCCUGUAGGCUACGGUGGAAGCACUGUGGUCACCCAGCGCCGCAUGGGCACACUGUCCUCAGCCCCUAAAGCCUUCAGCGUCUCCGGAGUCGGUGGUGGCACCAGAAUCUCCUCAGGAUACGCAAGGAAUGUGUCUUCUGGCUUUGGUAGUGGUAUUGGCAUGGGUGGAGGUGGUGGCUUCAACCUGGCUUCUGCCCUGGACAGUGACGCUACCGUUCAUAUGAAUGAGAAGGCCACCAUGCAGAACCUGAAUGAUCGUCUGGCCUCCUACCUGGAUAAGGUCCGCUCCCUAGAAGCUGCCAAUGCAAAACUGGAGCUGAAGAUUCGUGAGUACUAUGAGAAGAAGGGGCCAGUUGCUGAGAGAGAUUACAGCGCAUACUGGGCCACCAUCAACGACCUGAAGGAUAAGAUCAAGAACGCCACCAUUGAAAAUGCCAAUAUCCUCCUGCAGAUUGACAAUUCCAAACUGGCUGCAGAUGACUUCAAAACAAAAUUCGAGCAUGAGCUGAUAAUGCGUCAGUCCGUGGAGGCUGAUAUUGCUAACUUGCGACGCCUAUUGGACCAGACCACCCUGACUAAGGCUGACCUGGAGAUGCAGAUUGAAGGUCUGCAGGAUGAGCUGGCCUACCUAAAGAAGAACCAUCAGGAAGACCUGGCAGCUAUGAGAGCUCAGCUGACUGGAAAUGUGAACGUGGAGGUAGACGCUGCUCCACAGCAGGACCUGAACAAGGUUUUGGACGAGAUUCGUUCUCAGUACGAAGCCAUCACAGAAAAACACCGCAAAGACCAAGAGGCUUGGUUCAAUGAACAGUCGGCAACACUAAACCAGGAGGUGGCCAUCCAGACAGAGACCAUUCAGACUUCCAAGACAGAGAUCACAGACUUGAGACGGACCCUGCAGGGCUUGGAAAUUGAACUCCAAUCGCAACUAAGCAUGAAAGCAGCCCUGCAGAACACGCUAGCCGAAACAGAAGCACGAUACAGCGCUAUGCUAUCAGGUUUCCAGAACCAGAUCAACAUGCUCGAGACAGAGUUGGCACAGGUGCGUGCCAGCAUUGAGCAGCAGGGCCGCGACUACACCAUGUUGCUGGAUAUCAAGAGCCGUCUCGAGCAGGAAAUCGCCACCUACAGAAGCCUCCUGGAGAAGGAAGAAUCUAGGACUCCUGGCACAGGUGGAUCCAGCACGAUCACUACCACCACCACCACCGUGCGCCACUAAGCGCGGGACAGAGCACUGCAUUCAGAGAAACACACACACACUAAAACAUUGUUUCAGUGGGUCAUGGCUUAUGGUAUGCCAAUAGCCAAUUGUCAACCAUGGUCAUAAUACCCAGGAAAUAACUGUUUAAAUUUGAUAAAGAAUGAAUCUACUUUCUUGUUGUGUUUGUGAAAGAGUAAAACUGUCUCUGAAAAAUAAAGCUGCUGGCAAAUUCA